GAUGUUGUGUUUCCAUCCUGUAGAGCCUGCUGUGUGUGUGUGAGCUUAGACAAACAGACACACUUGAGGACAGUUGCUGAGUCAGUGUGUAAGAAGACUUUUCAUCUGCUUUCUUCUCGCUGCCCGGUCCCUGAGCGUCUUGAAAAUAGAAGUCUGGGACUCGUUUCAGUCCAACCACUGGGCGAUCGACAUCACUGCAUGCUGUGUAACAGGACUUGGUGAAGUUUUUUGAGGCCAGUUGCAGGAACUUGUGACGAAUCCAAAAAAUGGCAAGAAAUCUCAUCAAAAAUCCAAACGGAGAUGAUGGGAUGGACUUCUGGGAGCUGACGGAGAACGGUGGGAACGAGUGGUGCGUGGAGGACAUGCCCGGAGACUGCGGACACGCAUUUGGGAACGAGGACGUAACCAAAUACUUCUGCACUUCCUUUGAACUGUGCCUUAAGAAACAGGUGAUUGAUCUUGUGGAAGAAGGUUACACUCCUGAUGACUUGGACAGUCUGCCACUGGUCACUGUAGAGGACUGGUACUGUAGCCGGACAGACUGUGGAUGUAUGUACCAGCUCACUGUCCGUCUCCUGGAUGAGAAUCAGGAGGUGUUAUCGGAAUACAGACCCGAGACGGUGACUAUCGACCCGGACACGGACGACUGCUCGUGGAAACAGGUCAGCCACACCUUUUACGACUACAACCCGGGUUUGCGCUUUAUCUCUUUCGAGCACGGUGGAAAGGACACCAAAUACUGGAACGGCUGGUUUGGAGUGAGAGUGACCGGCAGCUCCAUCACCUUAGAUUUCUAGAAGCAAACACCUGAGAGACACAGAUCCACAAAUAGACUAAUAAUAAUAAUAAUCUAGAGCAGUGGUUCUCAAAGUGGGGACCGGGACCAUGGAGGGAUUAUGGAGCGAGUGUGUAAAUCUUAUGCUAAAAGCUAAUAGGAUCCUAUCAUACGCUAACACUGAUACAACCCCUGAUGGCAGCAUGGGAUUUGAACUCAUGACCUUCUGAUCAGUAUUUUCAAUAUAUGAACCACUAAGCUACAUGGCUAAUUCUUUCCCAUUUACUUCUCCAUUGUAUCAGAUCCGCACCACUCCUUUCAAUCCCGAUCCAAAAAUGAAUCGGAUCGCUGGAGACGUUACACAAAGGCUUUUCAAUCCGAUUACUAAAGAAUUACGAUGGUAAAUGUAUAAACCUCUAUGUAGAAAAUCCACUUAUUUAUUUAUUUUUUAAAUAACCAGUCUGUUCAAUUAUUUGCACAUGAAUCUAUAUUUUCCUUUUUUGCGAACAAUAUUUCGAUUUCCGUUCAUCGUACCGUCUCCCCACUGUGGCACGAAAUAAGAUUAGAUCAGAUUGGAGACGAGAGAUUAGAGAAUAUAAGGCACCAGAUAAAAUAACCAACUACGCAAAAUAACACAUAAUAUAUCCACAUACUCAGAAAAAAAAUUGGUCAAUCAGAAUAUGGUAAAAUAUUGAGCUCCUGAACUUCGAACCUCUAAACGAAAGUGAUAUGAUGUACAAAUAAUAAUAAUAAUCUUUAAUAAUCUGGUUGUUAGUGGUCCCUGGCUGCACAAAGUAUGAGAACUGCUGAGCUAGAGAUUAUUUAGCAAGAUAUAUACAAGUCGCUUGUGCUUUCAGCAAUCUGCACACACACACACACACACACACACGUUUUUGUGAAGGUCAACUCAGCAUAGAGCUUGAAGUGUAUACAUAAAUCACAUACUGAGAACAUACUCUUCUUAAUGCUGCAUGUGUGUAUCUACUAACAGCUCUACCUCUACACACACUCAUUUAUCAUAACACACUUCCUGCUUACACACACACACACACACACACACGCGAGCACAAGUCAAACUGAACAGAUCUCAUACGCUGCAUUUGUUCCUGCCUGCUAACGAAAGAAAACCUGACCAAAUAAACACGUUCGACACGU